GUCCUCCUCUACCCAUAGAGUUUCUUUCUGCUGCAGGAGACUCCAAAGAAAACCGUGAGGGGGUAACAUGAAACACCGCGAUGGCGCUGUGAGGUGGCAAACGUUGGUGAUGGUGAUUGCAGCUCUCAUAUCGGCCAACAAUGCGGCUGUUGUGACCGGUGAACAGCCGUUCUUCCACUGGUUUCCACCUCCCUCUCCAUCACCUCCAGCAUCAUCUCCUUCCCCGCUGCCGUCACCCCUGCAUCCACCACCUUCUGGCUACAAGUCCCCACCUCGGCCCUUCUUGUCACCUUCAGCAUCAUCAUACUUCUACAACUCUCCACCACCACCACCAUAUUAUUAUAUGUCCCCACCGACCAGUGAGUCCUCUCCUCCACCUUACUUCUACAGUUCGAUGCCGCCGCCACAGGUGAACCGUCCACGCUACCAGUAUAACUCUCCGCCGCCACCUUACCACCAUGACCCCGUCAUUAAGGUGGUCGGCACGGUCUACUGCUACAGAUGCUACAACGGGACCCAUCCAUUGGAAUCUCCCCACAAGAAACUCCUCAAAGGCGCCACUGUGAAGGUGACAUGCAAGGCGGGUCGUGAGGAGGUGGUGGCACGCGGGCACACAGACAGCCGUGGAAAGUACAGCGUUGUCGUCGACGGCUUCCCCUACGGGGAGUACGGCGCUGACGCCUGCAAGGUGGAGCCUCAGGGGGCGCCUGAUGGAUCCGUCUGCAGCGUGCCCACCGGCCUUCAUGUCGGAGCGGAGCUCGAGGCCUACUCUAUUGGCCGUGGGUUGGUGGUGCUGAAGGCCAAGCCGCUGGGUUUUGCACCGCAAAAGCCUUACAAGGAAUGUGAGAUGCACCACCACCACCACCACCACAAACCAUUGACUCGAUCUGCAUUGCCACCAAACUACUAUAAGUCGCCACCACCUCCGGAGAAAUCUCCACCACCAUCUUCAUCGUCACCUGAACCACCACACUACUACAAUUCUCCACCAUCUCUUUCACCGUCUCCACCAUCUCCAUACUACCAUCAGUCCCCUUCUCCUCCUAUCUACUAUCACACUUCUCCACCGCCUCCUUCACCAUCUCCACCACCGCCCCCUUUGAAGUCCUCUCCUCCUCUCUACUAUGACAACUCUCCGCCACCACCACGAUCUUCACAAUCCCCUGCACACAGCUAUAGCUCUCCGCCACCUCCAAACUACUACAUGUCAUCACCACAACCUCCACCAUCAUCUCCACUUCCUCCAUAUUAUUACGAGUCCCCACCUCCACCUUGGGCAUCUCUACCGCCUCCUUAUUACCAGUCUCCACCUUCUCCACAGAGUGAUGACUCUCCACCACCACAGCUUCCAAUUUUCCCACCUUCUUACUACUACAAUUCCCCACCACCACCAUCCCCGUCACCACCCCCUCCAUACUACUACAAGUCCCCACCACCACCUACUCCAUCUCCAGCAUCUCCUUACUACUAUAAGUCUCCACCACCUCCAUCACCAUCCCCUCCACCUCCCUACCUCCACAAGUCACAUCCAUCUUCAUCUCCUCCUUCCCCACCAAUCCCCUAUCUUUACUCAUCCCCACCACCACCAACCCCCUACAAGUUAGAGUCUUCCUAGGGCUUUCUUCAUGUUCCAUGACGUCGUCGAUCUUACGUUUGCUGGGCGGGGAGUUAAGAAAGAGAUGUUUGAGGAAGAACCUCUGCAUAAAUGUAGAAGCGAAGAAGAGAAAGACAAGCUUUAAGGGCUGACUGUUUCCAUUUUGUAUGUGUUCUCUCUCUGUGUAUUUGCUUUUGCUACUGAAGAACUGUCUGUCUUUUCUCCCUC